AUGUUUAUACCCCAAACGAGCCAUGCAGCGGCUUCGGCCUUGAAAUUUGGAGGAGACUCACCAUCGGCGUACGAAUUAUCAAGACAUCCCAAACCCCUGUUUCCCGUCAAGUCAAUCUCGUCGACCAUAUGCCGACUCUUUGGUCGUGGCCUCGGCGCCGUCUCCACUACACUCGACCAUACGUCGUCGAACUUACAAAAACGAGCGCCGAGCGUAAAUACCACGAUCGGUGUAGCAGUCGGUAUUCUUCUGACUGUAUUCCUGGUCGGCCUCUUUUGGUUUCUAUACAUGUACCGGGGCUCAAUCCGUAUCACCCAGAAGAGACACCGUCGUCGCAAGUCAUCCGGCUCGAAGAACUCUAAGGAGGGCGGCAGUGAUCCCCCCCCACCACCCGCAUGA